UCCCGCCCAGCCGUACUCGCUCGCACGCAAGGGAGAAAGUCAAAACGAGCAGAAAGGAAAAACGAAACCCAUUUUUUCUGUCUUCGUCUCGUGUGUUUGCGUGGACUUUUGCCAAAAACGAUCGGUGUCUCUGGCUGUGGCAGGAAAGCUCCACCUUUUUGGCUGAACGCAUCCAGGCUGUCCCAGGUGGCCGCGAUUCGGGGCCUACACGGGCUUUGCUGGCAGAAGUGUGUGUGUGCCGUGCCGAUCGAGGGAGAGAGGGAGAGUUGAAUAAGCGCCCAGCUCCAGUGGCCAACAGUGUGGAGGAGGCAGUGUGUAAGUGUGGCAAAUCCAAUACGAAAAGAAAACGGUGCAAACGAUUGCUCUGCUCGGGGUCAUCUCGGUUGUCCGAGCUGCAGCAGAACGUCUUAGAAACGCAUCGGCCUACUUCGAAAGACGCGCUUUUCCAUUCAUGUGAACCUCGCGGUGGAAAAGCAAACGCUUUUCGGUUCGUUCUCCAACUUUAUCAUUUACCGGCGCGUCGAAAUCGCUCACUUCCGCACAGUGGCAAGUGUCCAAACAGUGGCUGCAGCAUACGCUUUCGUCUUACUCUACGAUUUCCGCGUUUAUUUACUUGUGCUUGUGAGUGCGUUUCCGUGCGCGCGCGUGUGUGUGUGUGUGAGUGAAAGUGCGCGAAAAGAAACAACGGAUAGUGAGAAAAAGAUCUCGAGACGUAAUCCUCCACCACCACCUACCUGCAAUUCUUCCUGCAGCCCACCCAGUUUUGCCACCGAAGGCUGGCAAAACGCGAACGGAAACGCGGCGAAGAGAGCGAGAGAGCAUUAAUCAUCGUGCGAAAAGUUAGACAACGACGGCUGGCUGUAGGGCCCAAGUGCCAGGAUGAAUGCCUCCGAUCAUGGGUUCAAUCCAGCGUUUAACAUGGCCACGAUACGACAAGCCAUCAACGAAACGAUAGAACGAGUACGGAUCCCGACACCGACCCGCCUGCGCGAUCUCAUCCGACAGAUUCGGGCCGCCCGGACGGCGGCCGAGGAGCGGGCGGUGGUGAACCGCGAGUGCGCCUACAUCCGCAGCACCUUCCGCGAGGAGGACUCGGUCUGGCGGUGUCGCAACAUUGCCAAGCUGCUGUACAUACACAUGCUCGGCUAUCCGGCCCACUUCGGCCAGCUCGAGUGUCUGAAGCUGACGGCCAGCCCGCGGUUCACCGACAAGCGGAUCGGCUAUCUCGGCGCGAUGCUGCUGCUGGACGAGCGGCAGGACGUCCAUCUGCUGAUUACCAACUGUUUGAAGAAUGACCUCAACAGUCCAACACAGUUCGUCGUGGGGCUGGCGCUCUGUACGCUCGGUGCGAUCGCGUCCCCGGAGAUGGCCCGGGACUUGGCAGGCGAGGUGGAAAAGCUAAUGCGCUCGCCGAACGCGUACAUCCGGAAAAAGGCCGCCCUGUGCGCGUUCCGGAUCAUCAAGCGGGUGCCGGAGCUGAUGGAAAUCUUUCUUCCGGCGACCCGGUCGCUGCUGAACGAGAAAAAUCACGGAAUUUUAAUCGCUGGCGUCACACUCAUCACGGAGAUGUGCGAAAAGAGUUCCGACACGUUGAAUCACUUUAAAAAGGAUAGUGGAAAUCAAGAGAUUGUGCCGAAUCUGGUGCGAAUCCUGAAAAAUCUGAUACUGGCUGGCUACUCGCCGGAGCACGACGUGAGCGGCGUUAGUGAUCCAUUCCUGCAGGUGAAAAUCUUGCGUCUGCUAAGAAUCCUCGGACACAACGAUCCGGACGCGUCGGAAGCGAUGAACGACAUACUGGCACAGGUGGCAACCAACACGGAGACGAGCAAAAACGUGGGCAACACGAUCCUCUACGAGACGGUGCUUUCCAUUAUGGAUAUCAAAUCCGAAGGUGGCCUUCGUGUGCUGGCGGUGAACAUACUCGGCCGGUUCCUGCUGAACAGCGACAAGAACAUCCGGUACGUCGCGCUGAACACGCUGCUGCGGACGGUGCACGCGGACAUCUCGGCGGUGCAGCGGCACCGCACCACGAUACUGGAGUGCCUGAAGGAUCCGGACGUCUCGAUCAGGCGGCGAGCGAUGGAGCUCUCGUUUGCGCUGAUCAACUCGCAAAACAUACGCGCCAUGUCGAAGGAGCUGCUCGUGUUUCUCGAGAAGGCGGACCCGGAGUUUAAGGCGCAGUGCAGCAGCCGCAUGGUGCACGUGGCGGAGCGGUACGCCACCUCGAUCCGCUGGCGGUUGGACACGCUGCUCAGCGUGCUGAUAGCGGCUGGCAAUUAUGUGCGCGAUGACGUGGUGUCGUCUACGAUUCAUCUCAUUCUCAACAGUCCCCCGGAGGAGCAGGCGUACAUUGGGCUGCGUCUCUGGAGCUCGGUGCACAAUGUGGCAAACUCGGAGGAAAAACAGCCGCUGCUGCAGGUGGCCGUGUGGACGAUCGGAGAGUACGGUGAUCUGUUGCUCAGCUCGGAAAGAAUCGAAGAUGUUGAAAUCCCUGCAGAACAUCAGCUGGUCGAUAUCUAUCAGCGGCUGCUCUGGUCUACCUCGGUUUCGACGACGACGAAACAGUACGCGCUGGUGUCGCUGGCCAAGCUGAGCACACGCAUCCGCACGAAGGAAGAAGAGACACGCGUGAAGCAAAUGAUCGAAGCGUUCGGUUCCCAUUUGAACAUCGAUCUGCAGCAGCGAGGCGUCGAGUUUGCGCAGCUCUUCCGCGACUAUAGCCAUCUUCGGCCGGCACUACUCGAGAAGAUGCCGAAGAUACAGAAAACGCUUCCAAAUGGCACGGACGCUGAGGGCGGUGGCUUUGACGAUCAGCAACCCACCAUCGACCUGAUCGAGGGUGGUGAUGAUGGCGACUCCUCGCUGAUGAUCAACACCUCCGGCGGUAUGGUUGGCAAGAUGGGAUCGGAUUCGCGCGCCCUGCUCGAUCUGCUCGGUGGAGGGGACGAUCCGAUCGAUGGGCUGGCACUGACGCCGACCGCCGAUGUGCUCAUUUCCGGCAGCACAACCGCCACCACGAACGGCAAAUCGGGGGUCGGCGGUGCACCGUUACCCCCCACGACCGGCAACAAUCAGGAUCUGCUCGAUCUGCUCGGCAGCCUCGAUAUGCCGGCCAGCACACCGCCGGCCGCUGUCAAUUCGUCGCUCGGCGCCAGCACACCGGUGCUCGGCGGUAUCGGGCUCGAUUUGAACAGCCUGAAUGACAAUAGCAUCAAGAACGGUACCGGCGGACCGAACCUGCUGGCCAACUCUUCCUCCUUCGGUGGGCUCGACAAUCUGCUAAACUCCAACCUGUCGCCAACGGCGAUGCCAACGACGAUGCCGGCGAUGCUGCCGGGGCUGGGCUCGCCGCUCGGCAGUGGACUGGGCAGCCUUACCAGCCCCACGUCACCGACGGGGCUCGUGAGUACAAACGGCACGACCGGCAGUUUGUUUAGCGAUUUUUCGGCGGCAGUUAUCAACAACAACGAUGAACAUGCCAAACUGCUGACGGCACUGGAUAAAAAUGGUAUCCUGGUGCAACUGUCCGCGAAGCAUACGGGCGGUGCAUUGCAGAUCCUGAUGACGGCGACCAACAAUUCGCUCACCACCCUCGAGCAGUAUCUAUUCCAGGCGGCCGUUCCGAGAAGCUUCUCCCUGCAGAUGCUCUCCCCAUCGGGGUCUACGUUACCGCCCGGUGGAACGAUAACGCAGGAAAUGCGUGUUACUAGCACAGCAAAGGCAACGCUAAGGAUGCGUCUGCGAAUAUCGUACCAGUCGGACGGCAACCCGGUGCAGGAGCAAACCGAGGUAUCCGGCUUCCCGGAGGAACCUACCGAAUGAGACGCAAACGCAAACAACUCCCGGUACUACACCGAAACGACGGCACCAGCAGCGUUGCAGCAUCCAGCAACGGCACCAACAGCAGCAGCCAAGCCACUGUUGCUACUGCCCGCCGGUGUUUAAUUAAGUAUUCUCUCUCUCCCUCUCUUACACUCUCUUGUUUCUAUUUGCAAUACGUUUUCCGCACCACAAGCUGGGCCCUUUACUCGCGAAGGGGCUGGGUGUGUGUCUUUCAUUGUCCAAGAGCUUAAUUUAUGUUUAUUUUGUGUUAUUUUUGUUGCGUGAAAGGAUGUCUGACGUCACAGGCACGUCUAAGUACUAGCUUCAAUUGUAUAGAUUUGUAGUAGCUUAUAAACGAAAGCAAAGGUUUUUAUCUCAUUUUGGACUCAUCUCUUCCAUCCAUUGAUUUUAGUUUAGUCACCGCGCAAGAUUUGGUUUUAUUUGUAAUGCAAUGGAUAAUGGGAAGAGAAAAGAGAAGCGGAGGAGAAGGAGGAGUGGGAUUAGAUUUACCGUGCUUAGGAAAGAAGCCAGCACUUUCCACUACUACUUCCUCGGGGUCUCGGUCACUCACUUCCUGCUAAAUCGUAAAUCGGGAUCCACUAUUUAGAAAGCAAUUGCAGAACAAAGUGUGUGCAAAUCAGUGCGGGGCGAUAAGAAGCAUAGGAAGGUACGCAAAGAGAGAGCUAUACUCAAAUGCGGCAGGGAAUGGAAAUUAAUUUGUCUUUCGAUUCGCGUCCCCCAAUACAGCACUCCAUUCUUUCAUUUAGCAAUUGUAUUAUUCUAGAUUUUUCUUAUAAGAAAUGAUCGUUCUAUGACGAGAAUUGGACUCUAUGGCACCCUUGUUGGACACUCAUUGGAAAUUCCUAUUGGAUUUGUUCAAAAAGGGUGCUAUAGAGUCCAAUUUCUUUGAUGUACGUUUUCAUUUCAUGUACGAAAGAGUCAUGAAAGUUUCCCACAAGUAUGAGAACUCUUUUUAAAACCCUGUAUUCCAGAUCAGAAAAAAAGCUGCUUCGUUUGGGACAUUAUGAUGCCCCGUCCUGGACAGAUAGCUAGCGAAGAAUGGGAUAAAGAAUGGGAGUGAGUGUGUUUCGCAUCAGCGACCGUGUGUUUGGCUUGAAUGUGAUUGUUCUGUUUGCGAGAGUGUGUGUGUUACGAACAUUAUGCAUUUUGCGUUUGUAUAUACCGAUUUUUGCUGUGCAUAAUAAUAGUAGAAAAGAGGCAAGUGAAGGAGGGCAGUGUAAAACGCGAUAAUUGUAUCAAACUAAGGAAAGGUUUUACUGCACGGUAUCUUUACUAAACAAAUUCGCUACUGCUGAUGCCGCGUGCUCCCUCUGAAUGCUUCGUGUUUGGUAAUGUUGUAGGGGAAGCCAAGUGUAAAAGACAUCAAAACGCCUCUCACGUCCUAGCUUGUACGGUAAUUCAUAACCAGCGCGCUGUUACGCUAACGGGAGAAAACGCGAGAAAAGGAUUGCUCCAACGGGACUAGCAAAACAAAAAAACGAGGAACUUAUUCAUAAGCUUUAGAGGAAAGGGGCAAAGGAUGAGAUAAGACAUAUGGAAACUGGAAAGAGUUAACGUAGGCAAUACUUUGAACACUUUUAGGGAAACAUAUACAAUAGUGUAACAAUAUCAACCACACAACACCGCUCUCCAGUCAACCCAGCCAACCAACCAACACAAUAUACAUCUACUUAUAGGAACCCGCUACUAAAACAAGUGCAAGUGAAAUUAAGCAUGAAACACUUACAAAAAAAACUAUAUUAAUGUGUGGCUCAAGCAGGUGUGUGUAGUGUCGCGCGCGUUACAAGAAUGUUUGGAAGCAUUUGAUUGUUGAUCGUGUUGUAAAACGCCCCCCCCGAAACGCAUUCGUAUUCUUGUUAAUGGACCCUAGAUGAUGAUGAUGGUGACCCGCCGGAUGGUACUAGUUAAGGUGGUGUGUAUGUGAUGUAUGUGUCCCCAUAAAUCAAGAAGAAGCUGUGUUUCUGUGUAAUGUGUAAUUACUAAGUCGAACGCGGACACCCUCCCCCGAUCAAGUGAUCUUCCCCGUCACAACACAAUUGACUCUGAUACUCCCCCGUUCCUAGUGCGCUAAUUUUUCCGGGCGGCUACUGUGAGUUCCAAGCGUGCAGAUUGCCAUCCUUAAAGAGCAAAGAAAGAGAGAGAGAGAGAGAGAAGAAUGAAAAUGGGGUAGGCAAAAAAGCGAAAGAGAUUGUUCCCUUGUGCGCGAUGAUGUGAGUGUGAGAUCAGCUCAAAAAAAGGUAGAAAAAAAGAAGAAGAAAAUAGUGUGGCCACGCCACCGGAUCUGGUGUUUUCCGUCCAAUCGCAAAUGAGAAACCCCGAGAAAAAAAGCAAACAGGAGAAUUACAGGCGGAAUGGUGAAGUUUAUUAGCGCAAGAUAGAAGCAAAUUGGGAAGACACGGACGCGCAUAAAUACAUAUUUACAACACCGUACACAGUAGCAAUGGUAUGUGUUAAAACUUCCCUUUCUUUCUAUUCUCAACUUACUACCUUUUUGUGUGUAAGACUUUUUGCUAUUGGAGAAUACAAGCUAGUAAGAAUUUGUGUUAUUGUUUAGUUUGGUUUUCCCCUUUCUAUGUGAUGUUGUGUAUGGUUUCGCCUUUCAUCUUUUUUAUUCUUUUUGUAGUUUAAUUUAAAUUUUGUUUGCGCUUUUUCUAUUUUCUUGUAUUGAAUGUUUUUUUUUUGAAAAUUCUCAUCCAAUGAGUUAGUGGUAAAAGUGAUAGUACUUAAAAAUUGUAUCAAACUAUGGAAAAUGGUCAAGUUGAAAAAUGGCAGAAAGAGCAAUAAGAAAGUAGAGCGCAAACAGUGUGUGGUUGUACCGUUGUGCAAAGAAACUCUUGUAAGAAAGGUGAAAAGACACAGGACAACAAUGGGGAAUGAAAAGAGGAAAAGCUAAUACAAUUAAAAUAGAGAGUGGUUGUAAGAAAUGGAAACUACUUAAUAAUACCCUCCCUCAACACAUACACAGACACCCGUAUCAUAAUGUAGCUAUAUAUUAUUAUUCGGAUAAAUAAAUUAAACGAGAGUAACACAUGUUAACUGGCUGCUGCAAAGAGGCGAAUGAAAAAGAGCAAACAAGUGAGAAUAGAAAAACAAUUCUCUUCACACCCCCGAGAGGCGAUCGCUUAUAUUUUUCUCCCAUUUGCACAACGUAUUGUUGUGCCACAUUCGUAUGGCGGCAGUAAAAAGAAAGGAAACUAUACUAUUAACAAUAAUUAUAAUAUCCCCAGAAUGCUGAAGGCAGUAGGAAAGCGCGAGAGAGAGAGAGAGAGAGAGAGAGAGAGAGAGCAAGCGAACUGAAAGGCAAAAGAAAAGAGGAUAAAGGAAAAUUAUAAAUAAAUGUACGAUACAUUAUUGUA